AUGACAAACACAAAGGGAAAGAGGAGGGGCAUUUGGCAUAUGUUCUCUAGGCCUUUUAGGAAACAUGGAGUUGUUCCUUUGGCCACAUACAUGCGAAUCUACAGGAAGACUGAUAUUGGAGACAUCAAGGGAAUGGACCCUGUUCAAAAAGAAAUGCCCGGUAAGUGUUACCAUGGCAAAACUGAAAGAGUCUACAAUGUCACCCAGCAUGCCGUGGGCACCACUUUAAACAAACAAGUUAAGGGCAAGAUUCUGGCCAAGAGCAUCAAUGUGCAAACUGAGCACAUCAAGCACUUGAAGAGCAGAGACAGCUUCCUGAAGCAGGUGAAGGUGAACCAUCAGAAGAAAAAGCAAGCCAAAGAGAAGGGUGCCUGGGUUCAGCUGAAGAGCCAGCCUGCACCACCCAGAGAAGCACACAUUGUGAAAAUUAACGGAAAAGAGCCUGAGCUCCCGGAGCCCACUCCGUAUGAAUUCAUGGCCUAG